AUUUUUUCCAGCAACAACCCUUGUUGGAUCCUUCCAACAAAUUCUUGAUUACAAUCCCAUACCAACCAAUCCUCGCGAUCGAUGUCCUUCUUCAACUCGGCCUCGAACAAUAAUACCGGCGUAUUCGGCGGCGGAUCCUCCUCUACUACCGUCACCACUCAAGACCCUAAAGAUAUCGAGGUCGAAAAUCCUCCGACAGAUGGCAUCUCUUCCAUCGCGUGGUCCCCUCAAGCUGAUUUCUUGGCUGCUGGAUCUUGGUCAAAUGAAGUACGAAUAUACGAAGUGAAUGGGCAAGGCCAAUCGGUCCCGAAAGCGGCAUAUUCGCACGAGCAGCCGGUGUUGGAAGUGAUCUGGUCUGGGGACGGGACGAAGAUAAUCUCGGGGGGCUGUGACCGGGCGGCGCGCGCCUAUGAUGUGCCGACGGGCCAGUCGACCCAAGUGGCCGCACAUGAGGCGCCGAUCCGAAAGCUGGCCUGGCUGGAUAUCAAUGGCCAGGGCCUGCUGGCCACCGGCAGUUGGGACAAAACGCUCAAGUAUUGGGACUUGCGUCAGCCGACUCCCGCAGUCUCCGUCACCCUUCCCGAACGCAUCUAUACGAUGGAUACCGUCUUUCCUUUGAUGGUCGUGGGCACCGCUGCUCGUAAAAUUCAUAUCUAUCAUUUGAGUAACCCUUCGGUUGAAUAUAAAUCUCUGGACUCGCCGCUAAAAUGGCAGACACGAUGUAUAGCCUGUUUCAAUGAUGCGCAAGGAUACGCGGUUGGAAGUGUAGAAGGACGAGUGGCGAUCCAACACGUCGAGGAUAAACAGACAGCCAACAACUUCUCGUUCAAGUGUCAUCGGAAAGAUGCUCCCACCGGCGCCAGUCGUCUCAACGCUAAUACUAUCCCUCAGGUCUGGGCCGUCAACGAUAUCAAGUUCCAUAAACAGCAUGGUACUUUUGCUACCGCUGGCUCUGAUGGGACGAUCAAUAUGUGGGAUAAGGACAGCAAGACGCGUCUAAAAACAUUUGACAACCGAGGCGGGCCGAUUACGAGUGUAUCGUUCAACCGAACAGGCACGGUAUUUGCAUACACGGUCUCCUACGACUGGUCCCAAGGUCACUCGGGUGCUCAGUCCACUGGAGCGGCUAAUCCCGCCGCUGGCACCGCGGCUUCUCAGCCUAAUAAAAUCAUGCUACAUGCCUUAAAAGACGAUGAGAUUAAGAAACGGCCUAAGAAAUGACAAAAACAUUUGAUCUAUCAUUCUGUAUCGAUUGGUGCUGCCUCUUCAUACAAUAAAACAAGUUUUUCUUUCUUUCUCUGUUUAGUUUUGUUCUUAUAUAUAUCAUUGUAUUGCCUUUUAGAAAAUAAAAAAUAAAGUGGAAAAGAAAAACAAGAACAAAAAUGCCUGAAGAUGAUUGAGAGGUUGAACAAGUUUUCACAAGAUCUCUUAUGUCUU